UGAGCCUACCCUGCGCCCGUGCCGCCAAGCAAGAUCUCGCCAUCAUCUACGGCAUUGCGGCAGCCAUUCCUUCAAUCCCUUAUUCGGAAUUCAGCAAAAUCAACUUUUCAAGCGAAUCCAUCCGUCGGGCCAAAAUGAGCCGACUACAAUUGAAGCCAAUCAUAGAUGGCAUGCCUGUCCAACGCAUUACCCACUCAGCGGGUCUCUCACUCUGUGCUCUUCGCCGCCUGGCGAUCGCGUCACGGUUCCAGCCAGCCCGACUCAAAACAUCUGCAUUAACAGUAGAUCCUGCCGAUGUGCCGAUGUGGAAAUUAUGGCCUCCUCGUCGACGGUACUGCCGCGUUCUGUGGGCAACAACAUGCCGACCCGAAGAAGAUGGAGCUGAGGAUAAUCGGGCCUCCGGACAAGAUCUGUCCAACGACCAGCGCCCAGCUUGACUGAGAGAGAGCCUUGCAUUCGUUCCAUCACUCGCUUCAUGUCGCGGGCUUGCUCAAUCUCCCAUGUCUUCAAGUACAUGCAAUCACCAAGACGACAGCGUCAGAGUGAUGACCAAGACCCAGCCCUCGACGACAGACACAAUGCCGGAAAAGACUGAGCACACGGACAACAGCGACGCUGAAAGCAUAGGCGGACAGCGCAACGAGUUAUCCCAAAAGAGGCUGCUCAUCUCCAUCGCAGCCCUGUCGGUCUGCCUGUUCGUCUCCUUUGUCGACCAGACCAGCGUCUCAACAGCAACACCUGCGAUCGCGGGCGAGCUCAACACGGGCACUUCGACAUCAUGGGUGGGCGCUUCGUUCCUGAUAGCCUCGACCGCCUUUCAGCUCAUCAACGGGCGGCUGUCUGACAUUUUUGGGCGCAAGAAUCUCCUGCUCAUCUGCCUCUUCCUCAUGGCCGUUGGCGACUUGGCCUGCGGCUUCUCCCGGACCGCAGAGCAGCUGUUCGCCUUCCGGUCCAUUGCUGGUAUUGGCGGAGGCGGCAUCAACAGCCUGGUCAUGAUCAUUGUGAGCGAUAUCACCACCUUGGCGAAUAGAGGCAAAUACCAAGGCAUGCUGGGUGCGAUCAUCGCCCUUGCCAAUGGCAUCGGCCCCUUUCUUGGCGGCGCCGUCGUCGACUCCUCCACAUGGCGCUGGGUAUUCUGGAUGAUCCCCCUGAUCACAGCACCCACGACUGUCGUCAUCUGGUUCUAUCUGCCGCUCAAACACAGAUCAGGGGACUACGUUGCCAAGAUGAGGCGGAUCGACUACGGGGGCAUUCUUCUCAACCUGGCAUCCACGCUUCUGCUGCUCGUGCCUUUGUCGGGAGGUGGCGUGACAUAUGCUUGGGCAUCACCGUUUGUCAUCUCUACCCUGACGCUUGGGGCCGUGCUCUUUGUCUUGUUCGUGUUGUACGAAUGGAAGCUCGCCAAGCUGCCGAUCAUGCCACUGCGACUGUAUCAGGCUCCUCACUGCUCUGCGUUGUACGCCCAGACGUUCCUCACCGGGCUGGCGUACUUUGGCAACUUCUUCUACCUACCAAUCUACUUCCAGUCGAUAUUGCAAUACUCGGCUUUGGCAUCGGGGGCUCUGAUCCUCCCCGUCGUCAUCACUACGUCGGCCACUUCGAUACUUUCAGGCCUGUACAUGGCUCGAAUGCACAGGUACAUGCACUGUAUCCUUGUUGGCUUCAUGCUGUGGACGUUGGGUAAUGGGCUGACGCUCAUGUUUGAUCGUGACACCAAGAUUGGGCCUCUGAUUGGGAUCUUGAUUGUUGAAGGCGCCGGCAUCGGGCUGACGCUGCAGCCUACGCUCGUUGGCAUGUAUGCCAACGGACGCAGAGAAGACCGCGCCGUGACGACCGGCCUGCGCAACUUUAUACGCACCAUCGGCGGCGCGUUUGGGCUAGUCGUCUCGGGCGUCCUGCUCUCCAACACGCUUAGCAAUGACCUGGCCGGCAGCCCCUUGAUGUCGGCUGACUUUAUCGCCGAGUUGACGUCGUCGACCUAUGCGCUCGAUCAACUCGAUAUUUCGACGGAGGAAAAGGACCACAUCUUGGAUGUGUACAUGUCAGGGUUGCAUCGCAUCUUCAUCUUUUACACGUGCUGCUCGGGGUUGAGCAUCCUGUUGACAGCCUUGGUGGGCAACACGAGCCUCAAGCCACCGACAGCAGGGAAACAUUCGGGGACGGAGUCCUCUGGGCAGCACUCUGAAUCUAACCGGCCCUCCAGACGUAUCUGA